CCACUUAUUGCUAGUACUUGAAUCCCCUAAGCGAACCCUAGGCCAGGUCACUCCGCAACCUUUCUCUUGCCUAAACGUUUUAUUCAGGAGGCUCCUCGAUUAUUACACGUCUAUUGCUGUAUUUUCACAUGCUGAACGCUGAGUAACCAGAGGUUGGCUGGAGGGCUUAGGUCAGGACCAUGGGCAGCUCCGCGCAGUUUAGACCAUGAUUUUGCAACGGUGCCACCAUGUGGCACACGCUCGUUCGCCAGCAGCCGGGGAGCCGGCGUCACGGCGGGGCGAAAUGCGCGCGCUCACGUUUGUCCGCGUACUGCGCUGCCUCGCGGUCUUGCUUCUGGGCACUGGCUGCGACAGGGCAGCCUAUGGGCAGCAGGUGUCCAGCGGGCAGGUCGCGUAUGUUAGUUCCAGCAGCGAACUGUAUGGGGCGUUGAGCACGAGCGCAGUGACCACCAUUUACCUCACUCAGACCCUGCAACUCGUCAGCACCGACUGGCAGCAGCAGCUCAACGUCAGUAGAAAUGUGUCGAUUGAGGCGCACCCGACAUUCCAGGCUAUACGGGUCUAUAUCGCGUUCAACAUGGGUAACCUGGCGGGCAGGGUUCGGCUGCUGCCAGGCUCACAGCUGUCCUUCCGGUGGCUGGAGCUGGUAUCGUUUGUCGAGGAGAUGGGGCUGGCGAUGCUCCUGGUGGCAGCGUCGCCGGGCGCAUGGGUGUCGUAUGACCACACGGUGCUGCGGCGCCGCGCGGGCUUCAGCGGCUUGCGCUACCUGUCGGACAUUCAAGCUUUGUCACGUAUAAACAAGUCCGAGGGUCCGCAGGUCGCGUUCACGCUGCCGCGCUUCUGCUACAACGUGACCCGGGAUGCGUCGCAGCAGUGCAGCACGGAUUUGGUGUACGCAGUGGACGUGUCGGCGCAGCUGGGGCCCUCGGAGUCGUCGUUCUUCGCGAGCGGCGUGGCGCUGGGGCAGUACGUUAUGACAUUAAGGGAGAGCGCGCUGGUGACAGACCACUUGGUCAACCCAGAGUGCGUGCAAUCGCUGUCGGAGGGGGCGUGCAUAUCGCAGCUGCUCAAGCUACUGGACAUAGAGCCCGUGAUUAUCAAGACAAAGCCAUCGGACAGCAACCUGGUCAAGAUUGUUGCAUCGUUGGCAAUUCUGGCGGUAUCAGUGCUGCUGUUCCUUUACUUCCGGCGGCACUACAAGUCCUAUCAGCAGCGGCGCGCACGGCGCAUGCGGCGGCUGAAGGACGCGCUGGGCAUGGGGCCGGAGGCGCACGGCAUCAUGUUCAACGGGCUGGACGGCGAGGAGCCAGAUUGGCAAAUUAUGCCCAUGCCGGUUGGAUACGCGGCGGACGAGCACGUGCCGGAGCCGCCCAUGCACCAGGACUCCAACAUACUCAACCUGAUCAAGGACAUUAGCAAUCGCCCCAACCGCCGCAUACCGGAGUACGGGGAGGGCGAGGAGGUGCGCAUCGACGUUGACUGCCCCAUCGCGGCCGAAGUGGGCUUGCGGAUGUCAGAAGCAGCUGCCGAGGCGGCGGGCGGGCGAGUGAACGGAGGCGGCGUCAGCCGCGGGGAAGACGGCGGCCCUGCGAUUCCAGCCGGCCGCAUGCUGGCACCCCAGGACGGGUUAGGUCCUCUGCGCGGGGAGGGAGGGCCGCACCCCAGCACCGACAGCGCGGGCCAUCCGAGCAUGCUGCCUGGGCACGCGUCCAUGGGCAGCCACGUCACUUCCCAUCGCAGCGGCACCAGCAGCAAGAGCCGCGCGCAGGGCAUUGCGGUCGGGAUGGACUCGGGGCAGUUGCCAGUGAUGCACGGCAGCGGUGGCGCUCAGGCGAGCACGGCGUCGCCCCGGCGAAUGCCGCCGUCUAUGGCACUCACAACCGCUGGCAUGGAAGCGUUGUUGGUGACGCGGGCGGCGGCCGUGGGUGCCGUGGGCGGCAGCGGCGGGACAGGGAGACCGCCAGGCAGCGACGACCGCACCUCGAGUGUGCCGGUGGGCGGGCCAUCUAACGCGACGAUACAGGGUGCUGGCUCGUCCCCAGCAGGCACCGAAGCCACCACUACCGGCACGGCGACGCCGCCACUCCGAGCACCGGGCGCGCAGGAGGGAGCCGCGCUACCCGUGGCCACGGCCACGCCUGCGGACGCCAACCGCGCGGCGGUGCAGUUUGCAGCGGCGGACAUCACGGAGCGCGUGAUGAAGAGCAAGGACAGCGGCAGCGAGGGCCGCAACGGCGAGGAGGAGGCGGGCGGCAACCCGCAGGUGGCCAACCUGAUGGACGAGCUGGAGGCGCUGCGGCGCGACAUCAUGAGUGGCAUCAACGACACACAGCUGCAGAUCAUGAGCGUCGUGGGCUCGGGCGCGUUCGGCACUGUAUAUCGGGGCCAGUGGCAGGGCCUCGAGGUGGCGGUCAAGACCGUGGUCUUCUCGGCAAGCAGCGAAAACCGCAAGCGGGCGUUGCAAGAAGCAGCGCUGUGCCAGAGCAUCAACCAUCGGAACAUCGUCGCCACCUAUGCUGUGGACGUCCAGCCGCUGGGCGCGGUCACCACGCCGGUGCUCGCCAACCCCAACGCCCGCAACUCUACGCUGUCAAACCUGCUGGAUUGGCGGUUAUACAUCGUGCAAGAGUACUGCGACGGAGGCCCAUUGCGCAAAGUUGUGCAGUCGAGAUAUCUGCAGACCGACACCGGGCCUAACAUGCGGGUGAUCUGCGAGGUGGCGCUGGAGCUGGCCCAGGCUCUCGCGCACCUGCACUCCAAGAAUGUCAUUCAUGGCGACCUCAACCCCAAUAAUGUGCUGCUCAAACGCGACUCGUCGUCGCCGAUUGGCUUCCGCGUCAAGAUGGCAGACUUCGGCCUGAGCGUCAUGGUGCCGCUGCAGAAGACGCACAUGUCCAACCUGCGCCUGGGCACCCUGUACUACAUAGCCCCGGAGACCUGCUUCAGGGGCCAGCUGGGCUACGCGGCAGACGUGUUCUCACUGGGCGUCAUGCUGUGGGAGCUGUAUCACGGCCGGCUGGCGGGCACACGGACACCCACCGGCGAGCCGCGCUACCAGCCCGACUUCCCGGACUUCCCUGCGGCCUGCCCCACCGACUACCGCAAGCUGGCGCACCGCUGCCUGCAGAAGCAGCCGCACAACCGCCUGCACUCCAGUCAGGUGGUGCAGCGGCUGCACGAGAUGCUGGCGGCCUACCGCGCCGCUGGCACCCUGGGCCCACCGCUGCCGCCGCUGCCUGUGGGCGGGCCGGACGAGUACACGGCAGCCAUGGGGCCAAUGUUUGCCGGCACGCAUGCCGUCAACACGCCCGCGGGCGACCCAACGCCCACGGAGGAACGAGAUCGGCCGGCGGACGGGGCGGCGAACGGGCAGGAAAUUGCGCCGGCGGAGUCGCCGCAAGCUGGGCAAGGCCAGCGGCGUUGAUGAGGCGCGUGCGUGUAGUUGUCCAUGCACAUGGUUGCUGCGCGCAGGUUGUGUAAGCACGGGGGCAUGGGAUGUGGGUCACCAGUCCCAAACUGAGCCGGGGGAGGUGACGUCGUCGCUUCCGACCAGGCAGGGCAUGUACCUGACAUGGAGAGACGAGCGAUCGUUGUACUUUGCAUCAUGGAUAGGAAUGACAUGCACAACGCAUUGAAUGAUACCCUUGUGGCUAGACUUGCGCGCGAGUGCGGUACAUCUCACGCUCGGCAGAGUAUUUGACAUUACAAACGAGGCAGUUUGCGUGAAAUCGGUGCGGUUGUGGUCUGAUGAGUGGUGGGAUGUGUGCAUUGCGGACUUUGCGCAUCCAGCCUGGGAUUGCUGAAGCGGAGCACUGGGGCCAGCGGUGCAGUAUGACAACUACGGAGCAUACUAGUAUAUUAUGCUGACGUUGGCUGGGGGAUAGUUAUGUUUGUUGCGACGUUACGAGUGUGUCAGUUAUGCUGCGCGUACUGACUAGCAUAUCAUGCUUGAAGGGACGGUGUUGCAGGUGCUGCAUGCCGCAUGCACGUCGCGGCGGUACAGACACGACGGAGCAGCGCAAUUGAUAGUUACAACCAAUGAUUGUGACCGCCAUGAAGGCCAUUUACGUCACAAAAGGACUACCAUAGGCAAUGCAUGUGGAACAGACGGACGGCAGGAGGAAGGGGGCUUCACAAUGGGUUGUGCGCAUUGGGAGUGGCUCUGGGAGUCUUGAGCUCCGCAAAGAUUAGCAUUUAUGGCUGUGGGAGCACUAAUACGUCUGUAGGGCUGCUUGUCGAUCGGGGUUUGAAAGGGGGGAUUGGUACGGGGAAGCGCGCUGCGCGCAUGGAUUCGGGCUUUGCUUGAUGUCGGCCUUGGCUGCGGCGUAUGUAUGCCUUGCCGCUGACGGCCUUGAGACCCUUUAAGACCUCCCUUGGUAAAAGUCGCAAUUUGAAAUGCUGCGCAGAGUGCGCAUGGGUGCCUUGUGCGCCGUUGCAUCGUGGCCUUACUUGCCUGCCUGCUGUUGCUACUAAGACAUGUGAUGACCAGAAGCUCAAGAGUUUGAUGAUAAUGUUGUAUCGUUGUUGGGUUUCUGCAGUUAUUAUGUUACAACACGGUGUUCCUGCUGCUUAUCUGCCAUUUCCGCCUGCACCGUCGCCAACUGGUCUCCUCCCUCGUCUCCUAUACGUCAGGUAGUUAUGCGCUAUCGCCUGUGGCCUGCCGCGCUGCUGUGCGUCUUUGACGUGCCCCGUCUCCCUUAGGGUACGGCGGUACCGAUCAAGAGCCUUGACAUAGAACUUGAGUGCGGAGAAACUUGACAGGAGUGCGCAACGUCAUGCGGUAGGGGGCCGCUGGGCUGUUGGCUGGGGCCCGGGGCACGUGGAUGCUCACGACGACACCACGACACACCUUUACUAGUCACUGUGUACGUGCUAACUUGCGCAUUUACGCCGUAUUCACUUAUAAAU